UUUUGUGGGCGUUUAUCCCUUUAAUGCUUUGCCACGUUGCGUCCCGUGAGCCUUUUCGCCCCACGUCCCCACUGUAUCCCAUCGUGCCCUGCGCCUUCCGGCUGCGCUUGCGUACAGCCCGCCUUUUCCGGUGCAUCCUAUAUCAUGGCGCAGGGACAGCGCAAGUUCCAGGCACGGAAGCCGGCGAAGAGCAAAGCAGCGGCAGCUGCCUCCGAGCGCAGCCGGGGACCGAGGAAGGGUGGUCGUGUGAUCGCCCCGAAGAAGGCGCGCAUCGUGCAGCAGCAAAAGCUCAAGAAGGACCUGGAGGUUGGGAUCCGGAAGAAGAUUGAACACGACGUGGUAAUGAAAGCCUACAGCAGCCUGCCCAAGAGGCUGGCACUGGUGAAGGCCCCUGCCAAGAAGGAGGCAGCCUCUUCCUCCUCCACCAAGACACCUUCCUAAGGACACCAGCCCAUUGGAGGCCGUUGACACAGCCUCCAUGCUCAGCCCUAUGCAGGUGACCCCACAGGUGGCACCGCAAGGAGGAGCUGGGUUCCCCGGAGCCUUGGGUCAUAUGUACCUCAAGUUUCAUUUGGGGUCUAGCCCGUGAGCAGGUGAUCAGCAGACCUGGAGUGGACUGGUCAGCUUCCCAGGGUGCCAGGGGCUGCAGAAGGAAAGGAAAUGUUCACCAACUUCCUACGUCCCCCUUCUCCGGUCUUUUAUCCACUGGUUUAACCCAGAGCAAUAAACUUGUGAUUCCUCCUGUG